AUGGAUUCUAAAACUAGAUAAUAAGCUGCCUGGUUAACAUUAAUAACAUCUGCUGUUGUUGGAGGAUCUUUUUAUUAUUUUUCAUCCCACGAAGAAUUAUACGAGAGCGAUGACUGCUUUAAAUUGAGAAAUUAUACUCAUAACUACUCCAUUUUUUGCAUUACUUUUGCUAUAUUUAUAAUUUUAAUAUGGAUGGUAUCAAGGUUGAUAAAAGAUGAAGGAUGUAAUUCAGGCAUCGAUUGUAUUUAACUGCUCUCUGGAAUAGUGGGAGUUAUUUUCAUUAUUUUGUUCGCCUAUGCACUCUACUUAAAAGAACCCUGCGGUAACUUAAGAACAUUCACAGUAAUAUAUCUAAUAAUAACAUCAAUUUUAUUUUGUUGUGGGUGUUGUGGAAUGUGUUGUGCUUUGAGUACAUUAAAAUAAUGA